GGGGGGUGACAAAAGGUAGGUUGCCUUGCCCAUUAUAGGGCUUUCUCUUUCUCUUUGAUUUUGUGCAAACUUUGACAGAAUGCCUCACUCUUUUGGUCUCCGUGCUCGUACUCGCCAUAUGUUCUCUCGUAACUUCAGAGAGCAUGGCACCAUCCCUCUUAGCACCUACUUGAAGACCUACAAGGUUGGUGACAUUGUUGACAUCAAGGCCAACGCUGCCGUCCAAAAGGGUAUGCCUCACAAGUUCUACCAUGGUCGUACUGGUGUCAUCUACAAUGUUACCAAGUCUUCCGUUGGUGUCAUCGUUUACAAGGUUGUCGGUAGCCGUUACAUGGAAAAGCGUGUCAAUGUCCGUGUUGAACACAUCAAGCACUCCAAGUGUCGUCAAGAAUUCUUGGACCGUGUUAAGCUCAACGCUCAAAAGAAGAAGGAAGCCAAGGCUGCUGGUGUUACAUUCAACCUCAAGAGAAUCCCUGCUCAACCUCGUGAAGCUCGUCAUGUCUCCACCAAGAAGAAUGUUCCUCAAACCAUCGCUCCUAUUCCUUAUGAAACUCUCAUCUAA